AUGUCCAACAGCAGCUUCCCCACUGAGUUCCUCCUGCUGCCAUUUGCAGACACACGCGAGCUGCAGCUCCUGCACUUUGGGCUCUUCUUGGGCAUCUACCUGGCUGCCCUCCUGGGCAAUGGCCUCAUCCUCACAGCCGUAGCCUGCGACCACCGCCUCCACACCCCCAUGUACAUCUUCCUCCUCAACCUCGCCCUCCUCGACCUGGGCACUAUUACCACCACUGUCCCCAAAGCCAUGGCCAAUUCCCUGAGGAAGACAACAGCCAUCUCCUACUCAGGUUGUGCUACCCAGGUCUUUUUUUUCUUCUUCAUGCUUGGAGCAGAAUAUUCCCUUCUCACCAUCAUGGCCUAUGACCGCUACAUUGCCAUCUGCAAACCUCUGCACUAUUGGACAUUCAUGGACAGCAGAACUUCAGUGAACCCCCUCAUCUACAUCAUGAGGAACCAGGAUCUCAAGGAUGCACUGAAGAAGCUGACUCAGUAA